AUGAGCCAUGGAAGCAGCCACUAUGCCUUUCAAUCUGUGACAAUUAUGCAUGGCCUGAGACCUACAGAUGCUCAUGCAGGCGAAGAAGAGGUCCGACCGAUCCUUCUCCGACCAACCCUUCAAAACGAUCCCAGCCUCGUCUACGGGCGUUCUCCACCUGCCGCUGCCCUCUUCAACAACCUCCUGCAGGCCGACUGGGCCUCCUUCGGUCUCCCACGCGAGAGCACAACCUUCCCCUUCCACGCUGGGAUCGAGGCCGCCGAACAGCUGUACCGGACCUUGCAUUUCCGAUCAAGCCUACUCGGCCUGCUAAAAGUUUACGACGAAUCCCUGACGGGCGGAGCGCUACGGGGUCUGCAUGGCAGCGAAGCCCAAAAGCUGGCCUCGCAGAAGUUGGCAGGCACAGCAGCUACAGACUAUGACACCCGAGCGACCGAAUUGCUUUAUAAGUGGGAUGAGAAACUCACCAUGACCAAAGCGGAGUUAUGGCAGACCCUGGUGGAGAUCUGCGGGGGACGUGAGGUCCUUCUGAUGGACCCGGACCCGUCGGAGGAGCUCCGGCCGUGGCUGGGGCUGGUCAUAGAGGCGUGUUGCCGCUUGGGGGGCGCGGUGGACUUGAUCUACAGCCUCGUCGGCGCGCCCUGGUCCUUGGAGCGGACGCGUCGCGUUGCACAGCUCCAACACCUGAUUCGCAGUGCUUUGGUGGCGCGCGAUGAGCUUCAUGCGGGCGGGGACGAUAGUGAUGAAAGAUCCGAUUGGUCUUCUAGGGGGGGAUGCAAAGUGCAAGGUACUCCCAAUGUUACCGAGAAGGGACAGGGCGGCUGCACUCAGGACGAGCACAACGGCUUGCAGAUUCGCUGCCUUGGUGACCUAGAUCAGAAGAAGGCGUAG